AUGGCUUCAGUCGCGMCUCCAUCCACMCCCAGAGCAGCCGCCUCUCCUGCCGUCGACAGCCAGUCGCCAGGAAAAUGGCAACACCCCCGACUCAAAGAGAUUGUCAAACGACAGAAUGCGACCACAUUCGACAGUCGCAACGUCAAAACCAUAGCACUGAACGUCAGCGCUAUGUUGGCAACUCUCAUUGCUGAGAAGCCAUUGAACUCAAUGCUGGCUGCGGUCGCCGGAAUCACAGCAAAAGCAGAUAUCCUUCUGGUCAUAUUUCGCUUGCUUUUUAUCGUCAACAUUCUCACUGCUCUAUACCCGCUCUUUCGUCCAAAGGAUGACCUUUCCGAUAUUCCAUUGACACCUACCCAGCGCUCUCUGCUGGGUCUCAACCCCAGCGCCGGCCCUCCUGUGACGCCAGGUACGCAGUAUGCCACCCCGCCAAGAUACAGAGUCGUCUCUGGAUCGCGAGCUGGCAGCCCCGUCAGUCGUGGUUCCUCGCCUCUGGCCAGUGGCAGUCCUGUGACUCGCCAGCUCUCUUACUCCCCCACGACGACUAGCCCAUUAUUCCAAAAAGCGAUGGCUCCUGGUAGUCGCGAUGGCGCGCGUCGGCAAAGCUUUGGUUCUUCUACCCUGAAUGCUUCUCUGCGAGAAUCGUCUUCUCUUACGGCUCUUCCUCAAACACCGACUCCAUCAGCGGGAAAGGGAAAUAAGUUGGGACUAAGCAACAAGUGGCUAUACGAGAAAAGUCGCAGGCACUCCGCUGGAAAUAGUCUGAUUUAA